AUGUUCGCCGAACUAGCUCCCUACCUCUCCAAUCCACGCCAAACCCUCACACAGCUCCUAAAUUUCGCCCUCGUCCUCUCCACUGCGUUUAUGGGAUGGAAGGCCCUAUCAGUGUACACCAAUUCUUCCUCGCCCAUAGUCGUGGUGCUAUCAGGGAGCAUGGAGCCGGCCUUCCAGCGCGGAGACUUGCUGUUUCUAUGGAACAAUAGCCCGCGCGUCGAAGUUGGGGAAGUAGUGGUGUACAACGUGCAAGGGAAGGAUAUUCCGAUUGUUCAUCGGGUUAUUAAGGCGUUUGGGGUCGGAGACGGUGGGAAUAAGAGCCAGAGGAGGUUAGACAAGGAGGGAGAUCAGCUUAGCGGACCGGGCCUCUCCUCCCCCGUCUCGCACCAGAUACUCACAAAAGGCGACAACAACAUCGCAGAUGACACUGAACUUUACGCGCAGGGCCAAGAAUACCUUGACCGCAAGUUGGAUAUAGUAGGAAGUGUACGAGGAUACAUUCCGGCAGUUGGAUAUGUGACGAUCAUGCUGGCGGAGAACCCAUGGAUGAAGACGGCGUUGCUGGGUAUUAUGGGUGUGAUGGUCAUGUUGCAACGGGAGUAA